CGCAGGAGGAGCACCAGACCCGGGGCAGUCUUUGGACGAGGACACUGUGGAACCGACAGGUGUGGACACAACGAUGCGAACGAUAUUUCUUCUCCUCCUGCUGCUCCUCUGCUCCGUGGCAGAAGAGCAGCAGACCGUCAAUGAAUAUUAUAUUGCAGCUGUAGAAAUCGGAUGGGACUAUAUCCACCAGGACGAUAGUGAACCCGCGGUCGACCAAAGGAGGAAAUCCAAAGAUAUUCCUCAAAAAUACAUCAAGGCAGUUUACAGGGAGUACACCGACCACACAUACACUGUCCCCAAACAAAGACCAGCUUGGGCAGGUAUUCAAGGUCCGGUGAUUCUUGCCCGGGCUCGAGACACGGUGGUAGUCCACUUCAAAAACCUGGCCUCUCAGUCCUACAGUAUCAGCCCUGUGGGGAUCACCUACUGGAAGCACUCAGAAGGAGCCGGGUAUGAUGACUCCACAGCAGGCCAGGAGAAGGAGGAUGAUGCCGUCUCACCCGGAGGAUACUAUAAGUACGUGUGGGACAUCAGCUCGGAAGAUGGCCCAACGGCCAGUGACCCAGAGUGCCUCACCUACUCUUACUCAUCCCAGGUGGAUACAGUCCGGGAUGUCAACUCAGGACUCAUCGGAGCCCUGCUCAUCUGCAAGCCAAGUGCAUUGACAGAAGACGGCCAGAGGAGAAAUCCAGCAAUCGUCCUGCUGUUUGCAGUGUUCGAUGAGACCAAGAGCUGGUACGGGGAGGUAGGGGAGAGGAGGAGCAGAGAGAAGUUCAGAAAGAGUGCUGGCAGGAAGAAUUACCACACCAUCAAUGGAUACAUCAACUCUACGUUACCCGGUCUGACUGUGUGUAAGGGCCCCCGUGUGUUUUGGCAUCUGAUUGGGAUGGGAACAGCUCCAGAAAUCCACUCCAUCAAGUUCCACGAUCACACCCUGCAGGUGUUGAACCAUCGGAAAGCCACCACGGAGGUGACCCCUAUGACCUUCAUCACUGCAGAGAUGAAAACUGCCACUGUAGGCCGCUUUCUGAUCAGCUGUCAGAUAUACGCUCACCGCCACGAUGGCAUGAAUGCUUUCUUCACGGUGGACAACUGCCCAGACCCCAUUAUUGUGCGUAAUGUCAAACAAGACGACUACAGUUAUGAAGAUUAUGAAGAUACGUUCAACACCAUAAACUUUCAGGCCAUCAAGCCACAGAUGCAUGUCAGAUCCAACAGGGGACAGCAGUCUAAUACCUGGGAGCAUUUCAUCGCCGCUGAAGAGAUUACCUGGGACUACGCCCCACAUCUUAAUCCCACAGACAGUAAGUUGCAGUAUGGAUAUUUACCUGCAGCUCCUCAUCACCUCGGCUACAAGUAUAAGAAGGUGGUGUAUGUGGAGUACACAGACAAAUCUUUCACUCAGAGGAAGAAUCCUGCCAAUACACUGCUGGGUCCACUGUUGAAAGGAAAAGUCAAUGAUCAGUUCCAUAUCACAUUCAGAAACCUUGCCAGCCGCCCUUUUAACAUCUACCCCAUUGGUCUUACCAAGAUCUAUCCAAUGCAGACAUCCACAAAUGCUGCAGAGCAGAACCUGCGCUCCAUGGGGGUGCCCCCCAAUGGGACAUUUGGAUACAUUUGGAAGCUAACAACAGAUGACGCACCCUUGAAGGAGGACCCUCAAUGUCUGACCCAGCUGUAUCAGAGCACUGUGUCCCGAGAGAGGGACUUGGCCUCUGGGCUGGUGGGCACCCUUUUGAUCUGCAAGAGUAAUGCCCUCGACCUUAAUGGACGCCUGUUGGGGCCAGAUAAAGAGUGGAGCCUGAUAUUUGCUGUGUUUGAUGAGAACAGAAGUUGGUACAUCAGCGAAAACAUUCAAUCCAGUCAAAACACCUCCAGCACCACAGAUGCUGAAUUCUACAACUCCAACGUCAUUUACAGUGUGAAUGGCAUCAUGUUCAGCGGGCGCCAGUUUGUGAUGUGCCAGACUGAUGUCACCUUCUGGCACGUGGUCAAUGUGGGCACCCAGAGUGACUUCAUCUCUGUCUACUUCACGGGAAACUUCUUUCGGUACAACAGCCUUUACCAAUCCGUCCUCACCCUCUUCCCCAUGACUGGCCUGACAGUUCCCAUGGAGGCCGAGCUGCUGGGCGAGUGGGAGAUCAGUGCCUUCGAUGGCAGCCUCAAGAGUCGAGGGAUGAGCAUCCAUUACUCCGUUCGUCCUUGCGACAAUGGAGACCUCCCACUAGUUGAUCGUGAUGUAGAUGAAGAUGAUAUCUCUGACUAUAUCGAUGGCAUAGAUCCACAGCCAAGAGGGAUGAGAUCUCAAAAAAUGAUUAAGUUGUGCGAAAAGUCCCUCACCAACAGUACCCAGUCAGCAGUCACCACUGGUCAAAACAUCACUACUGAUGGAAAAUUAAGAUGCAAGCCAUCAUCAGAGGGAGGAAACAACAUGACUGAGGGAGUAAUCCCACAGGAUAUCUUGGAUGAACUUGCAGGAGAAAGGGGCGGUAGACAGAGGCGACAGUCAGAGGGAAACUGGACGGAUGGAGACAUCAGCUCUGGAGCCACAGAAGAUGGAGAAACUCAGAUGGAGAUUGAAGGAGAGAUAAUGGAAAAUAGGACUGAUACUGGUGCUGAGGUAAAAGCUGGGGAGAUGAGGGAAAUGCCAAGUGAAAAGAAUGACACAAAGGAAGAGCUUGAACAUAGCAAUGACAUCUUACUGGACAGUAAUCCACUGUUGAACAAGAAGGUCUCAACUGUAGGCAUACACAGUUCACAAGAGAUGGAUCAAAACCUAGGGCUACAAAAUCACAUUCAGACUGAAACUGAGAAACAGACAGUGGACCUGCAGGGUCUGGAUUACAACUACACUGAUGAUGACAACAACGCAACACAGAUUGAUCUGUCUCUAGAGUAUGAUGACUACAGCGAGGAGGUGAACAGCACAUCAGGCAUAUUUGCCUCAGAUUACAUUGACGUGCGCUCCGGAGGGGUUAGAUCUGAAACCUACUACAUUGCUGCAGAGGAGAUCACCUGGGACUACGGCAUCACAAAACCAAUUCAGGUUAUCAAACCCAGAGAGAUGCGUCGCGGGAUGAGGAAGUUCCUGCCAGAGUAUAAGAAGGUGGUGUAUCGAGCCUACAGAAAUUUAGACUUCCUCGUUCCUCUAGGACAGCCUCAGGAACACCUGGGAAUCAUGGGACCUCUCAUCAGAGCUGAGAUCAAUGAUCUCAUCACUGUGAUCUUUAAGAACAAGGCAUCCAGGCCUUACUCCUUUCACCUGCAUGGAGUCUAUGACCGCAGCCAGGGGGCCGGCGUGGCCCAAACCUAUUCCUCCUCUGCACCGCCCGGGGUCCCAGGAGAGCCUGUGGCUCCUGGGGAGGCCCGAACUUAUAACUGGAGGGUAACCAAAAAACAAGGUCCCACUGACACAGAAUUUGACUGCAAGACUGGAGCAUACUACUCCACUGUGGACAAGGAGAAGGACCUUCACUCAGGUCUGAUCGGCCCGCUGGUUAUCUGUAAAUCUGGGACCCUCCGGACUCGUCAGCACACGCAGCCAGACAUCCAGGAGUUCACCCUUCUCUUCCAUACCUUUGAUGAAACUAAAAGCUGGUACCUGGAGGAGAACCUGGAGAAAUAUUGUGUCCCACCCUGUCAGGCCAACCCUGAGGACCCGUUGUACCACAUGACCAACAAGUUUGCAGCUAUAAAUGGUUAUGUAGCAGAGACUCUUCCUGGUCUGUUGGUGGCCCAGCACCAGUUAGUCAGGUGGCACCUUCUGAAUGUGGGAAGUGAUGGAGAGUACCACGCUGUGCACUUCCAUGGUUUGCCUUUCACUAUUCAUACUGAACAAAAACAUCGUAUGGGGGUCUACAACCUUUUCCCUGGUGUGUUUGGUACAGUGGAGAUGAGACCCCCAACAGUUGGCACAUGGCUGGUGGAGUGCACCAUAGGAGAGUACCAGCUGGCCGGCAUGAGGGCCAAACUACUGGUCUAUAAUCCACGAUGUGUCUUGCCUCUGGGAAUGAAAUCAGGAAGGAUUGAGGAUUCCCAGAUCACAGCAUCAGAUCACAUAGAUAGCUGGGAGCCGAGGCUGGCGAGGCUAGAUCAGUCUGGUUACAUCAAUGCCUGGAUGGGCCGAAACACAAAGUCAUGGAUACAGGUUGACCUCCUGAAGCCAGCUCUGCUGCAUGGUGUGCAGACGCAGGGAGUCAGGUCAAAGCUGAGGGAUAAAUUCAUCUCAGUCUUCAACGUCUCCUACAGCCUGGAUGGGGAGACAUGGACCACUUACAGAAGAAACAGCACCAUAAGGAACGCGCAUAUGUUUUAUGGCAACAUGGACAGCUCCAAAGUGAAAUACAAUCACUUCUCUCCACCGUUUGUGGCUCGUUACGUCAGGAUUCAGCCAAUGGACUAUAGAAUUAGGCCUGCCCUCCGAAUGGAGCUGCUGGGCUGCGAUCUCAACAGUUGCUCUCUUCCUCUGGGGCUCCAGAGGGGACUGAUUCCUGACAGCAGCUUCAGUGCCUCCACAUUUCAUUCAUCCCUGCUGCGUAGCUGGAGACCCUACCUCGCCCGCCUCCACCAGGAAGGCAGCGCCAAUGCCUGGAGGCCAAGGUACAACAAUCCGCAUGAGUGGCUGCAAGUGGACCUGGGGACUGUCAAACGCAUCACAGGUGUGUUGACGCAGGGAGCGACGUCACUGCUGACACAGAUGAUGGUCACAGAGUUCUCUGUGACCAUCAGUCACAAUGGACGCUCCUGGAACACUGUGUUAGAGGAGAACUCCCAGAGAGAAGAGAUCUUCACAGGAAACAACGACCCAGAUGAGGAAGCUCUCACUGUUUUUAAUCCUCCUCUGUUCGGCCGCUACCUCCGCAUCCACCCUCGGGGUUGGGUGAACGACAUCGCUCUGCGUCUGGAGGUGCUGGGCUGUGACACGCAGCAGGAACUCUGACGCACCGUUGGACAAACCCACAAUCUGCACACAGUGACAUCUUUUAGUGAAAGAUGUUAAAUUCUUCAUUUACGUAUUAACUGCUUGAAUUUCUGUGACAGAAGCUAUUUUGAAAAAAAAGAUUGUGUUAGAGUUAUUUUUACCUUUAUACAGCAAAUUUGCAAAAUUGUGCUUAAGGGUCAUGUAAAAAUGUAAACAUGUUAAUGGAAAAAGAAAUCCAGUUUAAGGUGUCAGUUUAAACAAGGCCUCAGUGUUUUAACAAACACAGCUGAGCUUCAGUAUUUAGCUUUGCAGCACACCGCUGUGCUAACUUACAGAGCACACCUUUUGAAUGUAAGCUUGUGUAAAUAUAUCAGACUCAGACAGUUGUAUACAGUUUGAAUGGUUGUUAUGUAUCAUUGGAAAAGUUUGUAAUAAUGUAUUUUUCUGCUUUAUUAGCGUUUCUAUAAACACUGAAUCUUAAAGAA